ACCGGUGGGACAGGGAAGGUGGAGGAGGGGCCGAAGAUGGAAAACGGUGGGAAACGGAAAAUGGAAGGGGGGGCUUCACAAUUUGAUCAGAAGGUACGGAGAACGGUAUUCCUAGACGAGAUUGCUCCACAGGUUACGGUACCCAUAAUGCAGAGUGCACUUUCCCAAUUUGGAAAGGUGGCAAGUAUCAAGUUGCUGCACCAUCCCCUGAGUGCACUUGUCCCACAAGGGUGCGCUCUGAUAGAGUUUUCGAACGAGGAACAAGCAAUGCGUGUAGCGGCAACCACUCGCAAGAACCUGUUGAUGGUGGGUGGCAUGCCUCGUCCUGUCCGUGUGCGCAUGGCCUCUAAGUACAUGUUCGAUACUGCAGAGGUCGAGAGAUCGAACCUCCAACAACAACAACAGCAGCAGCAAGCUUCAUCGCCGCAGUAUGAGCAGCAACAGAAGCAGGAGGACAAGGAGAAGGCAAAGCAGGACGAAGAAAGGCCAAAUAAGUGGAGAAUGCGCGUGCUGAGUCCGGGCGAUCCAAAGAUGGAGAAGGCACAGAAAAUAAAGGCGGUCAGAGCGAGACAGGCGGCAGAGAUGAAGAUGCUGCUGGAAAAGCACGAGGAACAAAGGGCUGAGCUUCAUAGAAGACAGGAGAACCAUUGGGAGGAUGAGCACAAGAAACUGGAAAUGAUUGUCAAAGCAGGCAAACAUCAUGGUCUGGACGAGUUGCGUUCUUUCUUUGGCAUGGGACCACCACAGAAGCUCUGACUCUGAGAGCGCAAUAUCAACGG